ACGACUAUUGCGCCCGAUCGUGGAACCCGCCUGGGUCGAGAGUAGUGGGUCAGAAAUAUUCAUUCAAUUUCAUCCGCUCACACCAACCAGUCUUCCGUUGAUCGCCGAGCGCUGAAGUUCAUCGGUGCGGCACCCUCGAGCGACGUCGGGCGUAAAUUGCAAUCAAAACCAAUACCGUGUGCGCUUGUGUGCUCUGCGUCUGUUAACGUAUGCCCUGUGAAUACUGUUAAUACGUCCCUUUGAUUACAACGGGUGCUCCCUUUUCCACGUGGUGUGUUUUUGUUGUUCCCUUUUCAAACGUUCAAAAACCACGAGCGGUUUGAGAUGCUCCUGAUGAACCUACAGCGCUUAUCAGCUAGUUCACUUGGAGGCCGAUCACUGUGCCGAAGACUCACAACGCAACCCAACACCCAACAUCCAGAAUCGUUAAAGCGGCAGCAACGACAGACCCAAACGCAACAUGAGUCGCCGCCGUACAAGGGCCAAAGUUUCGAGGAGGUCGUGGAGCUGCGUAAGCAGUACCUAACGCCAAAUGUGACCUCGUAUUACAAGAAGCCGUUGUUAAUUCAUAAAGGCAGCGGGUCACAGCUGUUUGACCAGGACAAAAGUUAUUUGGACAUGUUUGGUGGUAUCGUUACGGUGUCUGUAGGCCACUGCCAUCCGAAAGUAAAUGCUGCCCUCGAAGAACAGCUGCGCACCCUGUGGCAUACGACGAACAUUUACAUGCACCCAAAGCUGCACCAAUAUGCGGAGAAGCUGGUCGCUAAAAUGCCGGGCGAUCUGAAAAACGUUUACUUUGUCAACUCGGGCUCUGAGGCGAACGAUUUGGCCAUGAUGAUUGCGCGCCUGUACACGGGCAACCAUGACAUCAUCAGCUUCCGAAACGCUUAUCACGGAGCGUCGCCAUAUACGAUGGGCCUGACGGCCCACUCUACCUGGCGCUAUCCGCUGCCCGGUCUCAAUAGCGGCAUUCUGCACGCGAUGAAUCCCGACCCCUACACGGGAAUCUGGGGCGGCAAGCAGUGCCGUGAUUCGCCGGUGCAAACUACACGCAGUUGCGACUGCCAGGAGGGCCAGUGCAAGGCGACGGAUAUGUACUAUGACCAGCUGGAGCAGCUAUUCAAAUACUCGCUGCCGCGUGGCAAGGUGGCCGGCAUGUUUGCUGAAUCGAUUCAGGGCGUCGGCGGCACUGUGCAAUACACCAAGGGCUACAUAAAGCGGGCCGCCGAGCUUGUGCGAGCAAACGGUGGACUGUUCAUUUCGGACGAGGUGCAAUCCGGUUUCGGUCGCACUGGAGAGCAUUACUGGGGGUUCGAAGCCCAUGACAUCGUGCCGGAUAUAGUGACCAUGGCGAAAGGAAUCGGAAAUGGUUUCCCUAUGGGUGCGGUGGUUACUUCGCGCAAAGUGGCGGAGGUACUGUGCCAGGCCCUGCAUUUCAACACCUUUGGUGGCAACCCGCUCGCCUGUGCGGUCGGAAUGGCUGUUCUGGAUGUCAUCGAUGAAGAGGAGCUACAAAAAAACUCACUUGAUGUGGGCACCUACAUGUUGAAGGGAUUAGAACGGCUCCGGGACAAGCACGAUGUAAUUGGGGACGUGCGAGGAAAGGGAUUGAUGAUUGGUGUGGAGCUGGUUGCCGAUAAAGAAACGCGACAGCAUCUGAGUGCACCGCAUUUUGUUGACAUCUGGGAGAUGUGUAAAGACAUGGGCGUUUUGUUCGGUCGCGGUGGUCUAAAUGCAAACGUCCUUAGAAUUAAGCCUCCGAUGUGUAUAACAAAAGCUGACGUCGAUUUUUCCUUGCAAGUUCUUGAUAUUGCCCUGCGCAAACAUUCGGAAAAAACGCACUAAAAUAUUUGAGCUUCUGAUUAGCACGGAAUUCGCAAUAAUGAAGAAGAUGUUCGAAACAUACAUGCGGGCACUAUUUGGCAAAUAAACAAUCAAUUGAAACACAACUCAAUCAACAUUCUAAAACAGUUUAGGAAUAACUAUUUCAUUCGAAUCUCCUAUCAACUAGUUGCUCUUAACACACUAGCUUUUCCUAAUGCAAUCGGGGCACUCAUUUGAUAUUAACAUCGUGUUUGUGGUUAUACGUUUAUCACGAGUGGACAUGUUUAAGCAGAAGCACAACGGUAUUAGUAUUUUGCAUUAGCUAGACUAGAUUCUUGGCUUUAUUUAUUUUGUGUGUGCAUGCUUUUUAACCAAGCUAUCCGAUUGUUUAUCUAACCUAGCGUUGAUUGAAUCGUUCCAUCCUUACUAACACAAUAAUGUCUUCCUUGGUUUUGUUGCGUGGAUUUUACCGGGCGUUUUGUAUUUUGGAACAUACACAUUAAAAUUUUUACAAUAAUCUUCAUCGAUUUGUUUGAUUUGAUUAUUAUAGGUAUUACGUAUUAAACCGCCAAUGUGUGUCAAUCGAACGGAUGCUGACUAUGCACUGGCCGUCAUCGAUUAUUGUUGCGAUCAGUACAUGAAGAAACAAAAGCGUGGCUCCAGACGCUGACUCUUGUCAACUGUGUUCUACUGUGAUGUUUUUAGAUUCCCUUCAGGUUUUGUGGACACCUGCAUAUAUUUAAAGUGCAAGUAUUUUUUUAUGAUUAAGUAAGUUUAUGCCUGCUCUUACGAAACAUGACAUUCCAUAUUUUAUCUGUGAUGUAAGACUGUGAAACAAUAAAAAGACCAAUAAUAAAUUCAGCUCUUUGAGUGGAUACGAUUUCGGAUAACAAAUGAAACAAAA